AUGGGUGAUACACAAAGUCGGCGGCAGGCGUACCAGGUCGAGCGCGAGGAGCAAAGGUCGAGUAGGAGUAGGUCCCCGGAGCUACAAUUGUUGGCCUCACCGCUAGUGUCAACCGCGGGAUCCAUGGGACCGACGGUGUCCCCCAUGGUAUCGCCGGGGUACACCGAGGCGGAAAGUGACCUAGAAUUGGUGAGCUGGGAGCCAGCGCCACGGAGAGAACGCAGACGCGAGGAGCCCCACACCAAGCGCGAGGAGCCCCGGACCAGCAGUAGCAAGGAGCCCCGCACCAGCAAGCGCGAGGGGCCCCGCACCAGCAAGCGCGAGGAGCCCCACACCGGCAAGCGCGAGGAGCACCGGACCAGCAGACGCGAGGAGUCCCGCACCGGCAAGCGCGAGGAGCCCCGGACCAGCAGGCACGAAGAGCCCCGCACCGACAAGCGCGAGAAGCCCCACCCCAGUAAGCGCGAGGAGCGGCCUGAGGGAGGAAGGACGGGGCGCACGGAGACGCGGAAGGAGGAGCCCAGUGAGCGGGCCUCGAAGCAGGCGUCCACGCGUUCGACGCGUACGGCCAAGGAAGAGGAGUCGUCGGCACGCACAAGGGGGAGGUCGACGGCGCGGCGAGGGGAUCAGCGGCCGACAGACCCACAGGUCGAGGAGCCGCAGCCAACGCCGGCCGAAACCGCGGUCAAAGAGCCGCAGACAACGCCGAUCGAGACCGCGGUCAAAGAGCCGCAGUCAACGCAGGCCGACAUCGCGGAAGAUAACGCGGCCGCUGAGGCACGACGCCUCGCGGAAUGGCACCGGCGGUUCGCGCUGGCCGCGGCGGCGGAGGAGCGGAGACAACGGCGUGUAUGGGAGGACGCCUUGACGCUGGCAAAGAGGCUGAAGGCCACGCAGGAGGCUGAAAAGGCGGCGCAAGAAGCGGAGGCGGAGCGCCACGAGCGAGACGUCGCGCACCAAUGGCGGUGCACCACCGUCACCGGGGGCAGAGGAAGAGCUGUUCAGGCGUCGGCCGGCGGCUGA